AUGACAGCCGAAUUCGUCCCUCCUCCUCUACCUCCGCCUUUCACAUCAGCCACGCAUCCCCCAAUUCUUCUUGCCCAGGGUGCUGAAGCUCGUCUCUAUAAAACCCAUUUUCUCAACUCAUCAAUCCCUGCAGCACUGAAAUUCCGCCCUUCGAAGCCUUACCGUCACCCAAUUCUGGAUCGAAGACUGACGCGGCAACGGAUUCUUCAAGAAGCAAGAUGCUUGGUAAAGCUUCUGAAAGAAGGAAUACCAGUUCCAGGGGUUCUGUCAGUCGAUUGGAAUGGGGAAAGCGACAACAAUAGCGGUGGCGCAUGGCUUUUGAUGGAGUGGAUUGAAGGAUCUCCCGUACGGCAGGUUGUGAAUAACUGGGAAACGUGGGUGAAGCAUUGCGAGAAUGCCAGCCCGGAGGCAGACUUCCGACAAGAUUUAGAACGUGCCGAGGGAGAUAUUCGCUUUCUGUUACGCAAAAUUGGACAUGUUAUUGGCCAACUUCAUAAGGCUGGAGUGAUCCACGGGGAUUUGACAACGAGCAACCUUAUUUUCAGAGAUCGACCGAAAGAAUUCGCGGAGAAUAGCGACAUACAAGCAAUGCACUGGAAACCUAUGGAUGGAGACAUUGUCCUUAUCGACUUUGGCCUGGCUAGUCAAAGUAUACAAGAUGAAGAUAGGGCCGUGGAUCUUUAUGUGCUUGAAAGAGCAUUCGGCAGUUCGCACCCAAGGACGGAAAAGUUCUUCGAAGAAGUCCUCACGGCUUACCGCGGUAGCUUUAAGGGAGCAGAUCCUGUGCUUCAAACAUUGAAAAAAGUUCGAAUGAGAGGCCGCAAGCGAAGUAUGAUCGGAUGA